AUAUAUGUAGCUGACGCGUUUGUGUUUGCAAUUUGUUUAUAUUUGGAUUAACUCGAACAAAACUUAAAUUUUCUGGAUUUUCAAUAAAGAUAAUGACGCGCCAGUGCCGGACCUGCGGAAGCGUCAUCUAUAACGCAAAGGCCAAGAAUCUCUUUCAUAUCGAAAACGCCGAGAUGCUGCAAAAUCUUUGUCUUAUAUCUGGCGCCAUGCUCCACAAUGAUCCGAAACUGCCCAGCUGCAUAUGCGCCUGCUGUAUGCUCGACCUGAACCAGGCGAUUGUGUUCCGAGAACGCUGCAUCCAAACACAGGAGAAUCUCCUUCAGCAAUUGGCAAAUCGGGAACAGGAAGUCCAAGAUCCCGCUGCAGACUGUGAGGAUGAGAAGGAUGAAGACGCUAAGAAUGAAGUUGAUGUGGGCAAGUUGGUAUUGCCUUUGCCGCCCGAUGAGUUGGACGAUCCGUUCGAGGAAGUCGAGGAAUAUGAAUACUUUGAAGAAUUUCCAGAUCUUGAUGGGCUUGAGGAGGUGAACGACGUCGAGGUGGGCGAAGAGGUGGCCCAUGAUGCCGAAUCGCUGGUCUCAAGCGUGCAGAAGGAGUUCGAGAGCAUUUACAAUGACGAAAGUACGGAAGACAACAAGGAGUUCCCCGAGGAUGCAAGCAACUACGAUGAGAUUGAGGAUGAAAGUGACGGAUUCUCGCAAGAUUCAUCACAUACCGAGUCAAAGCGCGGGCGAGGUCGCCCCAGAGCAAGUACUGUCACCACGGAGACGACGUCCGCGAAACCCAAGCGGAAGAAACAGUACGUGACAUGGAAGAACUUGACCGCGGACCAGAUGAUCGAGCGGAAGCGACAGCAGCGAAAACGCGACUGCGUUUGCGAACAGUGCGGCCGCCACUUCACCGACCAGAGCAACUUCAAGCUGCACAUGCUUCGGCACACAGGCAUGAAGAACUUCGCCUGCCGGGAGUGUGGGAAGCGGUUCUACACCGAUCACCUCAUGUCACUGCACCAGAGGAUUGUCCACCAGGGCGAACGGCCCUACGCCUGCCGGCUCUGCAAUAAGACCUUUCACAACAGCACCACUCGCGUCAUCCACGAAAGAGUUCACACCAAUGCCAAACCAUACAACUGUCAUCAUUGUGACAAGAGCUUUAGCUCGGCCUCCGGACGCAAGCGACACGAACUGAUUCACACAGGUGUGCGGGCCUUUUCCUGUACUAUCUGCGAACAAACUUUCCAGCGUAACACUCACCUAAAGGCCCAUCUGCAGUCCAAGUUCCACAUUGUAAAGGCGAGAGGCAAUGGCGAGGAAGAGGCACUAGAAUGAACGACUGUUCCGCCUGAAAAGUGU